AUAAUGCUGUAGAUCCAGAUGUAUCCGCUAGGACGGUCUUUAUAGAUGUUGAGGAAGUCAAGAAUAAAUCUUGUUUGACCUUUACUGAUGAUGGCUGUGGGAUGACACCUCAUAAACUACAUCGAAUGCUCAGCUUUGGCUUUACAGAUAAAGUAAUAAAGAAGAGCCAGUGUCCCAUCGGAAUCUUUGGUAAUGGUUUCAAGUCCGGCUCCAUGCGACUAGGAAAGGACGCUCUUGUCUUCACCAAGAAUGGGGGUACUCUCACUGUUGGACUCCUAUCACAGACCUAUCUGGAAUGUGUCCAGGCCCAGGCAGUUAUUGUACCAAUUGUUCCAUUCAAUCAGCAAAACAAAAAAAUGAUUAUUACUGAAGAUUCCUUGCCCAGCCUAGAAGCCAUCCUGAACUAUUCAAUUUUCAACAGUGAAAAUGACCUGCUGUCCCAGUUUGAUGCCAUCCCAGGCAAAAAAGGCACUCGCGUUCUCAUUUGGAACAUCCGCAGAAAUAAAGAUGGAAAGUCUGAGUUGGACUUUGAUACAGAUCAAUAUGACAUCUUGGUAUCAGAUUUUGACAAAGAAGAAAAAGAAACUGGUGGUCUUACCUCUGAGCUACCAGAAACAGAGUAUUCUUUACGGGCAUUUUGUGGUAUUCUAUACAUGAAGCCACGAAUGAAAAUUUUUCUGCGUCAAAAGAAGGUAACCACCCAGAUGAUUGCCAAGAGCCUGACCAAUGUAGGAUAUGAUAUAUAUAAACCUACCUUCACAAAUAAGCAGGUGAGAAUCACUUUUGGAUUCUCUUGCAAGAAUAGUAACCAUUUUGGAGUAAUGAUGUAUCAUAACAACCGACUCAUAAAGUCCUUUGAAAAGGUGGGAUGCCAGGUGAAGCCAACUCGUGGAGAAGGUGUAGGAGUAAUUGGAGUCAUUGAGUGUAAUUUCCUAAAACCUGCCUACAACAAACAAGAUUUUGAGUACACUAAAGAGUACCGGUUGACAAUAAAUGCACUUGCCCAGAAGCUCAAUGCUUAUUGGAAGGAAAAGACAUCUCAAGAGAAUUUUGAGACCUCAGCUAUAGCCAGACCAAUACUGAAGAUUCCUGACCAGACAUGGGUACAGUGUGAUGAGUGUCUCAAGUGGAGGAAGCUUCCUGGCAAAGUUGAUCCAUCUACGCUACCUAUAAGAUGGUUUUGUUACUAUAACUCUCAUCCAAAGUACAGGAGGUGCUCUGUUCCAGAGGAACAAGAACUUAUUGAUGAAGACCUGUAUUUGAGCAAAGCUAAGAAACAAGAUCAAACUGUUGAGAAGAAGAUUGCUAUGAAAAAUGAGAACCAUCAGGUAUUCAGUAAUUCAUUGAAAAUCUUUACUGUUCAAGAUAUGGAUGGACUGAAUAACCAGACAGUUGGAUAUGAGAGAAUUGAUAGCCCUAGCCUGCUUCCAUCUGUGGGAGAAGAAAGCAAAUCACCUUCUCUUCAACUUAAACCUCUGGAUUCCAGUGUUUUUCAGUUUUCCAGUAAGUGCAGAUGGAAUCUAGGUGAGGAACCUGUGGAGAAACGAAGAAAGCUCCAGAAUGAGAUAGCAACACCUCCUCUAGAUUAUCCCAUACCUGGCCCUUACAAGAGGGUAGAAGCACCUGCUGCCUACCCAGAAGGAAAAAACAGCCAUGAAAAGUCCAGUUCUGAGAGAAGUACACCACCAUACCUUUUACCAGAAUACCCAGAAGCAAGCAAGAAUACAACUCAGAAUAGGGAGGUUUCAGCUCUAUGUUUAGGAGCUCAAGACCAGCACCAAAGGACCCUGCUUCCUGAAGAAUUAGAAGAUCAGAUGCCAAGAUUGGUAGCAGAAGAAUCAAACAGAGGUAGCACACGUAUAAACAAAGAAGAAGUAAACAAGGGACCUUUUGUAGCUGUUGUUGGUGUUGCAAAAGGUGUUAAAGAUUCGGGAGCUCCCAUUCAGCUGAUCCCUUUUAACAAAGAGGAGCUUGUUGAGAGAAGAAAAGCAACUGAAUCCUGGAACCCAAUGCCUGCACUCCCUACUGUAGCCAUUCCAGACAAAGGAAGAGGCUGUGAGGAGGGCAGAGGUCGUAAUACACCAAAGAUGAAGAACCAGAGAGAGCUGGAGGAACUGAAGAGAACCACAGAAAAAUUGGAACGUGUUGUGGCUGAAAGGAAUUUGUUCCAGCAAAAGGUGGAGGAGCUGGAACAGGAGAGGAAUCACUGGCAUUCUGAAUUCAAGAAAGUCCAACAUGAAUUGGUAACCUAUAGUACUCAGGAGACAGAAGGCUUGUAUUGGAGCAAGAAACACAUGGGUUAUCGCCAAGCUGAAUUCCAGAUUCUGAAAGCUGAACUGGAAAGAACUAAAGAGGAAAAGAAAGAAUUGAAAAAGAAACUGAAGGAGACAGAGACACACCUGGAAGUGCUACAGAAGGCCCAGGUCUCCUACCGGACCCCAGAGGGAGAUGACCUAGAAAGGGUUUUGGCAAAACUUACGCGGCUGCGUAUCCACGUCAGCUAUCUCCUUACUUCUGUUCUCCCUCACUUGGAGCUUCGUGAGAUCGGGUAUGACUCAGAACAAGUGGAUGGGAUCCUGUACACGGUGCUGGAGGCAAAUCACAUACUGGAUUGAGCACCAGACUAUAUAUACUCUUCUCUCUAUCCUUUUCUUCACUUUUGAGACUAUAUUCUCUAUAUAUUCUUUUAUUCUCUUUAUUCUUCUCUUUUCACUCUGUCACAUCUCUCUCUCUCUUACAUCAUGCCUUAUAUAGAAAAUCUUCGAGUAAAUCCUGGCUUUCAGUUUCCUGCUUAUUCGGUUUUGGUGUACAUGAAGAGGCCAAUUAAAUAGACUUUUAAGAGUCCAGGAACAGAAAGCUAUAGUCACUAAGCUACAUUACCUGAAAGCUUUAAUUUUCAUGACUUGGCCUAUUUCAUAUUUUCUGUGAAAUUGUAUUCAUUUAGGUUAAAUCAGUCAUCAAAUAACUGUAUCAAUGUACCAAGUGUUUUGGGAUAAAUUAAGAAGCAUAACUCAUGGUUUCAACCUUCGAAGAUUGAACCAUCUAGUUGGAAACAUAAGACAUACAACCAAGUUAACUAACCAUACAGUAAGUGCAUGAUAUGUUAAAAUGAGUGAUACAAACAGGAUAUAGAAGACCCGGGGGAGAAAGUUAAAGAAAACGGGACCUAAACUAAGAUUUAAAGAAAGAGCAUGACCACACUUUAACGAUGAUUGUUCUUUAUGUGGUAGCCCUAUGAUUGAUAUUUUUUCUUCUUCCUAUCUUUCUGCCUGUUUCAAAUUGUCUAUAAUAAACUUGUUUUUCUUCUUA